AUGUCCGCUUCAGACUACUACGGCAACAGCCAGCCCUCGUACGGCGGCCAGGCCCAAGGCUACCCCUCCCAGCCUCAAUAUGCCCAGCAGCAGCCGACGUACGCCCAAACCCAGGGCUACCCCUCUCAGCCCUCGUACGCCGGUUCUCCCGCCCCCUCGAGCAACAACAACAACCACCUAGCGCCCUACGGCGCGGCGCCGAACCCCAACUCGCGCCCCACGAGCGCCCAGUCCCAACACUCGUACGGCGGCGGCCAGCCCACCUACGCCGACCAGAACUCCUCCUACGGCGGCCACAACCAGCAGCAGUACCAGCAGCAGCAGCAACACAACCGUGACGGCCCCGCCGGCUCGGACGCCCAGUUCGGCGAGGACGGCGACCGCGGCAUCAUGUCCACCAUUGGCGGCGGCGCCGCCGGCGGCUUCAUCGGCAAGAAGAUCAUGGGCGGCAAGCUCGGCGCCAUGGCCGGCGCCGUCGUCGGCUCCAUCGUCGCCAACAAGGUCGAGGACCGCUUCAGCUCCAAGAACAGCCACAAGCAGUCCCACCACCAGCAGCAACACCACGGCAGCCAGUACCCGCAGCAGAACCAGUACAACCAGGGCUACGGUGCCCCGUAUCAGAGCCACCACGGCAGCAGCAGCAGCGGCGGCCUCAUGGGCUCCGUCCAGAAUCUGCUCGGCAAGCGGUAA